CUCUCUCUCUCUCUCUCUCUCUCUCUCUCUCUCUCUCUCUUUCUCUCACUCACUCACACUCCCAAAUGCACAGGGAUUGCAGCAGCGUGAGAUGGAGAUCUCCACUGCGUGUGUGAGUGCCUAUUGCCGGUGAGUGCAGGAACGGCAGCAGUGUCAGUGGUGCUUGAGUGAGGGGAAAGAGAGAGAGAGAGAGAGGCAGAGAGAGGGAGAGAAGUGGGGGAUAUCAUUGUGGAUCUUACGGGUUUAGAGGCUUUUUUCUUUCUUUCUCACUGCUAUCCUGAACCUUGGCUGAUGUGCCACAACUAUUGCAGCCGUCACUGCAGCGGUCCCCUCUCCUCUCUCUGGACAGAGCUCUCUAUGCCACUCAAUGAAUGGAUAUGCACCGGCUCAGUGGGAGAUCUCUGCUUUGUUGUCCUUUGAAUCACUGAUUUGUUUCUCACGAAACCAUGGUGAGCAAGGAAAACAGCAAGGUCGUGCUAUCCAACUCAGAGUCCGAUUCAGAGGCAGGCCCGUCACAAAGCCUGGAGGUGCAGUACGGUCCUGACGGCAAACAGCAGGUGAAGAAGAGGAACAAAGCCUUACAAGUCCGCUUCAAGGACAUAUGUGACGCCCAGAAGGAGCAGCGGGCAGGGGGGCGAGGAGCCCGGUCCAUUUCCUGUAAAGUGGCUUACAGGAAGUACAUGACGAUGCCUGCGCGGCGCUCCAUCCCCAAUGUGACUAAGAGCACAGGUGUCCAGACGUCACCGGACCUUACGAAACACUACCAGACUUUCCCCUUCGAGCGAAAGAAAGGACACACGAUCAAACACACGGCCUUGGUGGAGGACUACAAGGGCCAGAACAACGGGUUUUUGAGUGACUUGAAAGGGCAGGAGGAGGCGCUCGGUUUAGAGGAGUGCUCGUCUUCUCAGGGUGCAGGGAAGCAUGUGCGGCAGACGCAAGCACUGCUCCACCACACGGACGACAGCAGUGGCACAGAGGAUCUGUUAUCCAUUGCCAACUGUGUAGAUGGGCGUGCGUGCCCGGACUCCUCUCGCAUCACAAAGGACACAGAAUGCUUUGCAAACGACCCAACUCCCAGGGGAGAGCCAGAGAACCCUGCCUAUGGCGCGAGUAACAAACACAAAGGAUUAUCCAAAGCGGACACAAUGGGUGCCAACCCUUCUGCCAAGCGCCAGCUGGCCAACUGUGAGGAACCCUUACAGGACACAAGGUCAAAGGUCACAAGUCCAGUUGCCUGGAACUCCCUGACGCAAGUGGAAGGUCUAGGCCUAGGGAGUCCGUCGGUGCGCUGCAAACGCAAAAAGGCCAUGCAGCCCAAUGGACAACAGUCCCAGACACUGCCCCACCCCCACAGUGCUGGCUGCUCUGUAGCUAGGGUGAAGGCACAUCAGUGCCGAUCAGGGACCUUACCAACCCCAAUGAAACCCCAACCGGGCCUGGACAGCCAGGCUUGCCCCCCAGGACGGCAGGGUGCCUGCAAGGAGAUAGUGCCCUUAGCUGGGAACGGGGAUAUUAAAGAAAAGCUCCAGGCCAUGGAAAACCUCAUCAGCUCCAGUCAGGAGACCAUCAAAGUCUUACUGGGGGUCAUCCAAGAGCUGGAGAAGGGCGAGGCUCAGAGAGAAGGGCUUUCCUACCGAACAGGACAGGACACAGCCAACUGCGACACGUGUCGAAACAGUGCCUGCAUCAUUUAUAGUGUGGAGCUGGACUUCAAGCAGCAGGAGGACAAAUUACAGCCCCUGAUUAAGAGACUGUGCCCCUUGGACGACCCUCAAUACCCUGCUCUGCCUUACCCCCACGAGGUGUUCACCUCAACCCCCAAACGCAAGUCCAAGACAGAGUCCAAAAAGCAUGGUCGCUGGAAACUCUGGUUCCUAUAAUUUAGGGAACACUUUGGAUUUUGGAAUGGCCUUUUGGAUCAGUUUUUACCCAUUUACUAUCUUCUCUCAAAGGGAUUUAUCAGAACAUAUUUUUUGCUCCAGAGGACAGAUAACCAGAUACCAAUAAACCAUCUACAGUAUAUCAGGAUUCUGAGUUGGA